AUGCACGUCACUCGCAAGCAUCAACUGCACGACGUCUGCCAAACCUUACUUGGACAGAUCUAUCAGCUGCCCAAUAUCGAGAUCUCGGAAGCCUUUCUCAAGUUGCGCGAGCAGGCGCGCUGUCACCUUCGCAGCUCGAACGACCUUCAAGCGGGCUUGGACGUGAUCAACAGCACGGACCUCAUGUACUUCUCGAUGCCGCAGAAGGCUGAGUUCUCGACACUUAAAGGGAUCUUCAAUGCAGCGCUUGGACACCCAGCGGAGGCGAACGAGAACUUCUCGGCAGCGCUUACCCUCGAAUUGAACCUACCAAAGACGUGGCAAGAAUGGGCUAAAUUCAACGACAACAUGUUCAGCGAAACGAAUGACGUCACGUAUGCCACGCAGGCGGUGGCGUGUUACUUGCAGGCUGCAGGGAUGUUCCUGUCAAAAGUGGCGCUAUUCUUCCGCCUACGCACUACUCGCGACGAGAUGGCGCACGCGCGCCGUCGCGUGAUGAUGAGCGAACAGCGCGUACGAAAUGCGGAACAGCAGCUGCAACAGCACAACGGCGGCGAUGUAGUUAUGCAGGACGCAGCUACGAACGGGAAUGCUCCUCAGCCAUCAGGUGUCGACCCGUCGUUGUUGCGCGAGCCGCAGGCGGCCAAGAACCUGCAACGACCGGGCUCUGAGCACAUCGACGAGGUUGUGCAGAUCUUCAAGACCGCGUUCCCGCUUCUUAUCCUAAGUAUGGGAUCAAUGGUCGAACAGCUGAACUCCCGGUUCAAGACGUCUCCGGACGAGAACAAGUACCGUUUCAUAUGUAUGCUGCUUCAAGAAGCUCUGCAGACCUACGCGAUCAAGCACGAUAUCCCGCUUGUCUAUCGCGGCGACUUUGAGGCCGACUUCCUAGACAAGAAGCGGCAGCCUACUCUCAACGAGUACAUCCGGCGACUCCAGUUCUGGCGGGAUCGAUACGAGAAGUACAGCAAGUUCGACGACAUUGAGAUACCGGGCCAGUAUACGGAGGACAAGGACGGCAACCAGAACUUCUUGCGCAUCGCCAGGUUUGGCCAUCAGUUCGAGAACUAUCGCGUGCAGGGCCAGUCUUGGAAGAGGUUCGCCACGAUCGGCCAGGACAACAGUGUCAAGACGAUCCUGAAGGAGUUCACUGAGGAGCACAAGCACACGCCGGAUAAAGCGGAGUACUCCAAUCUCAAGAAGGACUUACUCGAAGAAGUGAUGAAGUUUAUGAUCCCGGACAACGUUUUGAGCAAGUACAUGGCUCGCACUAUGACUAACCCGGCCGACCUCUGGCUCAUGCGCAAGCAAUUCUCCAAGCACCUCGCCGGGACUAUGUUCAUCACAUACCUCUUCUGUCUCACGAACCGGCUACCCUUCCGCUUCCUGGUCUCCCGGCGGACUGGUGAAGUAUUCAUGAGCGAGAUGCUCCCUGGCUAUUCGCCCCAUGCGCCCAUCUUCCAACCAAACGACAGCGUGCCCUUCCGCUACACUCCGAAUACGCAACAGUUCGCGGCCGUCAUCCAUCAGGAGGGCACGAUCCCUACCAGCUGGGUCGUUUUAGAUCUCGAGAAGCAAUUAGCGCUGCACGGACGCGAUGAGGUUCUCACCUCGUUCAUGAGCCGAGGGCACUCCUCGAACGUGGACACGACAAUCCGCCAGGACGUCGGUACAAUGAUCGAGCAAGUCGUCAAGCAUGCCAAGACAAUGGGCUGCAAGACUGAGCGCGAACAGGCCAUGAGCGACUUGCAAAACCCUUCCCCGGCAAAUGUCACUCUCGUGUAUACCGCCACGAAGCUCAUCUCCGCCGCAACCGAUCUGAUAAACCUGAUGAAGAUGACGGAGAUAUAUCACCCUUGGUUUUAA